AGAAAGUAGGCAAGACAACCAGAGGGCCGGAGUCAUGGAGAGCAAAGCCAUGAAAGCUCUACCAGAUCCCCCUGAAGAGGACGACCGGGAAGAGAAGGUUUAUGGGAAUGUUUUAGCCGAGCUGGAGUCUGUUGACUUGCCUUUGGGGACCACACUGAGAUCUGUCUACGAUGACCAGCCCAACGCCCACAAGCGCUUCAUGGAGAAGCUGGAUGCCAGGAUACGCAACCACGACCGUGAGAUCGAGAAGAUGUGCAACUUCCACCACCAGGGCUUCGUGGACGCCAUCACAGAGCUUCUUAAAGUCAGAGCAGAUGCAGAGAAACUCAUGGGACAAGUGACGGACACUAAUCAGAGACUUCAGGAGGCCGGGAGAGAGGUGACGGCCCAAACGGAGGAGGUGAUUCGCUGUCGGCUGCAGCAGAGGAACAUGGCCACCACCGUGGAGAAGCUGCAACUCUGCAUCCCGGUCCUUGAAAUGUACAGCAAACUGAAGGAGCAGCUGGAGUCUAAAAGAUACUACGCUGCACUGAAGACCAUGGAACAGUUGGAGAACGUCUACAUCCCACGGGUCAGCAAAUACCGGUUCUGCCAGAUCAUGGCGGAGACACUCCCCAAGCUCCGCGAGGAGAUCAAGGAGAUCUCCAUGUCCGACCUCAAGGAUUUCCUGGAGAGUAUCCGGAAGCACUCGGACAAGAUCGGAGAGACAGCCAUGAGACAGGCUCAGCAGCACAGGACGUUUAUCAGUGCCAUGCAGAAGCAGGCCAGUCUGGGCUGCACCAAACCCCUGUACUCCCUGAACGGGCGCACGCCCACCCAGCACAACGGCCUCCACAGAGAGGAAGGUGCCGAGGAGGAGGAGUCCGAGGAACAGGUGCGCGUCUUAACAGCACAAGAUCUGGUAGAUUUCUCCCCAGUCUACCGAUGUCUGCACAUCUACACAGUCCUGGGUGACAGGGACUCUUUUGAAAAUUAUUAUCGGAAACAGCGGAAGAAACAAGCCAGACUUGUCCUGCAGCCUCAGUCCAACAUGCACGAAACUGUGGAAGGCUACAGGAAGUAUUUCAACCAGAUAGUUGGGUUUUUUGUGGUGGAGGAUCACAUCUUGCACGCAACUCAAGGUCUGGUGACGCGAGCCUUCACAGAUGAGCUCUGGAACAUGGCCCUCUCCAAAAUCAUCGCCGUGCUGCGCACACACUCUUCGUAUUGCAGUGAUCCAGACCUGGUCUUGGAACUGAAAAACAUGAUUGUGAUAUUUGCUGACACUUUACAGGGCUACGGCUUCACGGUGAACAGAUUAUUUGAUCUGCUGUUUGAAAUCAGAGAUCAGUACAACGAGACACUGCUGAAGAAAUGGGCUCUGGUGUUCAGGGAGAUAUUUGAACAGGACAACUACAGCCCCAUCCCUGUAGAGACGGAAGAAGAAUACAAAUCGGUCAUCAGCAGGUUCCCCUUUCACGAAGCUGAAAUCGAGAAGCAACCAUUUCCAAAGAAACUCCCCAUGUCCCAAUCUGUGCCUCAGAUCUACACGCAGGUGAAAGAGUUCAUCUACGCCAGCCUUAAGUUCUCCGAGUCUUUGCACCGCAGCUCGACAGAAAUCGAUGACAUGCUACGCAAGUCCACCAACCUUCUGCUGACGAGGACGCUGAGUGGCUGCUUACAAAACCUCAUCAAGAAGCCCCACAUAGGCCUCACUGAGCUGGUUCAGAUCAUCAUCAACACUACACAUCUAGAGCAAGCCUGUAGAUACCUGGAGGACUUCAUCACCAACAUCACAAACGUCUCCCCGGAAACCAUUCACACCACGCGGCUCUAUGGCCUGGCCACGUUUAAGGACGCGCGGCACGCAGCUGAGGGUGAGAUCUACACCAAGCUAAACCAGAAGAUUGACGAGUUCAUCCAGCUGGCCGACUACGAGUGGGGCAUGUCCGAGUCGGACGGCCGGGCUAGCGGCUACCUCAUGGACCUCAUCAACUUCCUGCGCAGCACCUUUCAGGUCUUCACGCACCUGCCGAAUAUCUACAAUGACCAUGCCGCGAUGUCGGGUAAAGUAGCUCAGACGGCCUGCAUGUCUGCAUGUAAACAUCUGGCCAGCUCCCUGCUGCAGAUGCUCUUGGACCCCGAUCUCAAGCAGAUCAGCUUAGGAGCCAUUCAGCAGUUCAACCUGGACGUCAUCCAGUGUGAAUUGUUUGCCAGCUCAGAGCCAGUGCCCGGUUUCCAGGGGGAUACCUUACAGCUGGCCUUCAUCGACCUACGACAGCUCUUGGACCUGUUCAUGGUGUGGGACUGGUCCACGUACCUGGCUGACUACGGGCAGCCCACCUCUAAGUACCUGCGGGUGAAUCCCUCCACAGCGCUCGCUCUCCUGGAGAAAGUCAACAGGGGAAUGAAGGACACCAGUAAGAAGAACAACAUCUUCUCCCAGUUCCGCAAGAACGACCGGGACAAACAGAAGCUGAUUGAGACGGUGGUAAAGCAGCUGCGAAGUUUGGUCAAUGGAAUGUCCCAACACUCUUAAGGCCCCCCCCCCCCCCUCGUCACCACCCCGCCUUGCCACAAACACACAAACCGAUCACCCCCCU